AUGCGCAACGCAAAGCUCUUUGCCGGAACAUCGCACCUGGCUCUGGCAGAACGCGUAGCGUCGCACCUCGGCGUAGAGCUGGCGCCGGUCAACCUGCGGCGGUACACCAACCGCGAGACCACCGUUGACCUGGGCUGCUCGGUGCGCGAGAAGGACGUGUACAUCCUGCAGAGCGGGUCGAUGACGACCAACGACCACCUGAUGGAGGCGCUGAUCAUGGUGUCGGCGGCCAAGCUGGCCAGCGCGCGCAAGAUCACGGUGGUGAUGCCGUACUUCCCGUACUCGAAGCAGAGCAAGAAGAAGAAGAGGCGCGGGGCAAUUUCGGGCAAGCUCGUGGCCAACAUGCUCACGGUAUCCGGGGCAGACCACGUUAUCACAAUGGACCUGCACGCGAGCCAGAUGUCGGGGUUCUUCGGCGUCCCCGUCGACAACCUGUUGUCGGAGCCGACGCUGGCGCGGUGGCUGGCUGAGAACAUUGUGCGCGGCGCCGGCGGCAGCAAGAACGUCGUGGUGGUGGCCAAGAAUGCCGGCGGCGCCAAGCGCGUCACUGCACUGGCCGACCGCCUGGGCUCGGGCUUUGCGCUGAUCCACACGGACAAUGCGCCGACAACGCGCCCGUUCUCGCGCACGCCGUCGACCAAGGCCAAGCGAUCCCGCAAGACCAAGGGCAAGCGGUCGUCGGACGUCGAGAGCCUGGCGAUCUCCCUGCAGCGCGCAUCGUUCUACGUCAGCCCGCAGAUGGCGGCCGAAGAGCGGCCGCCGACCCCCGAUGCGCUGGACAUUGACCGCGCGGCGUCCCCGUGCCUUGAGAUCAGCGAGGUUCUGAACCGGUCGGACGACGACGGCGACUCGGACCUGGACGACUCGCAGCUUCUGGAGAUGCGCACGGCGCGGAUCACGCUGGUCGGCGACGUGCGCGACAAGCUGGUGCUGCUGCUGGACGACAUGAUCGACCACCCGUCGUCGUUCCUGACGGCUGCCGAGCACCUGAUGGUGCACUGCGGCGCCCGCGCUGUGUGCAUUGUGGCGGCACACGGGCUGUUCAGCGGGUCGUCUCUGGGCGAGGUCGAGAUCUGCCCGUAUGUGCAGAACGUCAUUGUCACCAACACCUUCCCGAUCCCCGACGAGCUCACGUCGGCGUCGUCCAAGCUGAUCCAGAUCGACGUCGCCCCAGUGCUGGCCGAGGCUAUCCGCCGCAACCAUAAUGGCGAGUCCAUCUCUUAUCUGUUCGACCGCAACCCGUAUUAAUCUUGCUGAUCGGCUGAUCCAACCCGACCCGUCUUUUUUUCUGUUUAUUGCCAACUGGAGUGGAGGAGGGGGGGGGGGUGCCUUCAAUUGGAUUUGAAGUUGAGCAGACGAAGCCAAAUGCGUCCACACGUUUAUCUAUAUUUUUUGCUUGCUUCUCC